AUGGUCCAUGUAUCCCCUUACUCUACACUGGCGAAUCUGGCCUCGAUAAAACGCUCGCCUUCAUUGCAGACAGCUGUUAUCCAUCGAUACGCUCUGAACGAUUCCAAGGAUCCAAUCAGUGCCUAUUUUCAGCAUGGUCACAGAUCCAAGAGAGCGAAAGACCAAGAAUCAAGCGAGCCUGAUGAUUUGGAUCAUUCGAUUCAGAGCGUGGGCUGCACUGUCUUUGUCGCGAGCGCGCCUGCCCCCGCCGCGCCUGCCGCUCCUGCGCCUCCAGCGGGCACACCCAGGGCCACCUGGGACCAGCCUGCGCCCCGCGACCGGUCCAACGACGAUGAGUGGGGUGCCUCGCGAUUCGUCGAGCUACCCGCCGCGGCCUGGUUCUCAGGUCGCAGCGUGGCAGCGCCCGCCGUGGUGCCAGGCCUCCUACCCUGGACAGGUUCGCAGCCCCUGUCUGGCCGCGAGCGGGCCUGGAUCCGCGAACCCGUUGUGCGCUCUUCGAGGGCAUCCUUGUGA